UGCAUUGUAAUUUUUGCGUUUGCCAGAAAAGUGAGAAGUGUCGGUGUUCGAAACACAUGCACGGCAAAAAACAGAUAUAUAACAAAAUAUAAGCUGAUAGCUAAGUGAUUCUACCGGAGAACGAAUCAGUUACAUAUAAAUCAUGGAUCUAGAAUUGAAAAAGGCAUUCACCGAGAUGCAGUUUAAUAAAAUCGAGUCUACCAAAAAGAUUCGUUUAUUAGACAUGAAAACCGAUAGUUUAAAGGUUUCGAAGCAGCGUGUCGAACUAACGAACAAGGAAGUUUCCAAAUUGAACACCGACACCAAGGUAUACGCAUCAGUCGGUCGAAUGUUCGUGCUGUCGGAUGUCCCGUCAUUGAGCGCGGAGAUGAAAAGCAAACAGAGCAAUUAUGAGGAAAUGAUCGGUCAAUGUGAGAAGAGUAAGGAAUUUGUUUUGAAAAACCUCAAAGAACAAGAAGACAGCCUGCGAGAGCUAGUGCAACAGAGACGGAUGGAAUCAACUGCUAAGGAAAACGGAUCAAACGAAAAGAAGGACUAGUUGCUAGAUAUACAAAAUAAGAAUGUAUUUCGGAUGAUUAAAUAAGGUCACACCAAAAAAUGAUUUUCAAAACGUUCA